AUGGAUAUGAUGAACAUCCACUUAACAGAAGUAUGGAGCGAGCUUUUGCGCUCUGCUUUACACAAUGAUGCAGUUCUCAGAGAACUUCUCGAACGGCGCCCUGAAAUUCAGCGGGCGAAAGAUCUGAACAACAUGUUCCUGAACUAUCUUUCUAUAAUCCACAAAGUCUUCAGUGUGAAGAUGGGUGGUGAAUUGAUUGACCCGAGAGGUGCGAGACAAUUUGUUGAGAUCAGAAUACCUAGCGACCCUGAGUUCGUCGAAAUGCUUCAAUUGCUGGUCCGCUACACAGAAGAUAUCACCGCUUGGGUAGAGGAACAUGAUCGGACAGGCGCCCCUUGGAUAUCCAUCGAUGAGUUUUGGGCAGAGUCCUUGCUUCAAGUGGACAUGCAGUGCCAGAGAUGGUGGGUAUUGGCGGACAUGACAAUAUUCAAUCAAGCCACCAGCUCAUUAAUGAUACACCCUCCAUUGACACCCACCGAAGAAAGAGAAAUCGUCGCAAUUAAUGAAGCCAUCAGCUCAUUCGGAAUGCCUCCACCUUUGUCAGCCAUCGAAGAAAGUCUCACACAAUCUGGGACAUUUGGAGCUCCGCCGACCCCGGCAUCGUCGUUCACAGAACGUCAAAGUCCGUCUACUGCCUCCCCUAGUUUCAGUUGUUCAUUUGCUACGACCUCUUUCACCGAAAACCAAAUAGCAGCUGAGCUUCCUGCAAGCUUGAGAAAAGUUGGAAAACUAGGCUGCGCCUCGCACUAUACUUCGUUUUGCGGGUUUGACCAAGGUUCCUCGGAUGAUGAGCGGGAUGAUUUUUUAUUCUCAGACGCGCAAAAUAAUCCGGCAAUCAUUCCAUCUGCACCUCGACUAGAACAGGCAGGAUUCGUACCUUCGCCUGCUCUGAGUAUGCUGCUUCAAACCUCUGCAAAUAAACAAAAUGGAUUUUUUCAGCCAGUACCUCCGCCAGUUCGGAAGAUUGCUAUCCCACGGCUCCAAAAAAAAGGUUCUUUUCAUCCACUUUCCCGCCAAACUCAAAAUUUCAUGGUUAGGUCUUCUCCUGCAAUUGAACAAGCUUCCGAUUUGGCACUCCCUAGAAAGCGGCGAUACACGAAAGUUUCCGCAGAAACGUUGAGCCACGAACGGCAAAAGCGACAAGCAGUAGGUCAUGAGACGCCACAGCACAAUCUAACAUCUGCUGAUUAUGGAAUUUCCACACCUCGUUCGGAGUUCUCACCUAGUGCUUUAAGCAAAGGCUCCCCUGGCAGCGCUGUUGCGAACUCCGGGGAGCCUUAUAAUACCAAUCAGUCGACCUUACAAGGCUUCCCUUUUGCCACCAAUAAGACGGCGCUGCUGCAUUCAAAUGUAAGCAACACUCCAAAUAUAGGUGUAAUUACUUCACAAACGGAUUGGAACAGCACAGUUUCCGCUGCAUUUAACUCAAACCAGGGAGCUCAUCUUGGCAUAAUUUCGCAAAAGGACUGGGACGAUGCGGUUUCAGUUGCGUUUAACUCAAACCAGGAAGGGGGAAACACAGGCCUGGGAAUUAAGAGUCCGCCAAUGAACAACGAUUUGACGAAAUUCGGAGGAUCUGUCGCCCUUCAAUGUAUGGGUAUUGAUAUGGACAUUGGAAAUGUGCUGGACUAA